AUGAGUUUUGAAAUGUGCAGCCUCCUGAGCUAUCCCUGUUUGAAAGUGCGAGACUGGUUUUUGAUAAUAUGCAGGAUUUUCCUGAAUGUUCUUACAUUGAGGGUUUGUUGCAAUGAACCACCCCUUGAUGAGGACAACCACUUCGAUCUCGAGGAAGUGGUUGUUAAAACAGGAUCAGUGGAUGAAGAUGAAGUUCCAGCAUACAUGCGAUACAGGUCCCUGCUGAUACCGCAUCCGUUGUGGAGUGUGAGAGUUCUACUGUUCCAAUUGUGCAGUGCGGGAAGUAGAAAAAGUUUCGAUCGACAAUUGUUAGUCAGUCUCAUCAAAGAAGCUGGUGCCAAUUGUCUGAAUGAAUUGGGCGAAACUCCUCUGGCUGUUGCGGUAAAAAAACUUCCUUCAGAAAUAAAUCACACCGUUUUUGAAGCUCUCAUCGAGAAUGGUGCUGAUCCAAUGAUGCCUCUUGGAACUGAAGGAAGUAUAAUUGCCAAUGUGAUACUUCAUUUUGGAGAUGCAAAGACAAUCAGAAAAUAUUUACCUUACCAUAAAAAUCUAGAAGUAUCAAUGAACAAUCGUGGGGACCGGGCAUUACACAUUAUGGUUUCUCGCAAGGACGAGAACUUAGCGAGUUAUUUGCUGGAACACGGAGCUAAUCCAGAUUCCACCAAUUUGUUCGGUAUCACCCCCUUGCACUUGGCUGCCAAGAAUGGGGCACAUAGAAUUCUCAGGGAUCUACUAUGUUUCGGCGCAGAUAUAAACAAACAAUGUUUUAUCUACGGAUUUACGGCUUUACACUAUGCAUGCAAUCAUUUGGAUACUGGUGUUAUUGCCGUAUUGAUGAGAUAUAAACAUUUGGAGCUGAACUUAGUAGAUGCGCUUGGACGAUCUCCUCUCUACCAUUUGAUAACCAAUCCAUGCAACAAACCAGAAAUCCUGAAGAAGUUACUCGAUGCUGGCGCUGUAGUCAAGUCGGUUAAUGAGACAUUUCGUCCUUUGCAUGUCCUUGCGUACAAGGACAAAAAUGCCAAUUAUGCCUUAGACUACGCGAAGAUUCUGAUUCAAAGGAAAAUGGCGGACGUGAACGCCAAAAAUUCUUGGAGUUUUACACCUCUGCAAGCGGCAGCGUAUUAUGGAAGUGUGAAAUUCAUCAAGUGUCUUUUGCAAAGCGGCGCUGACAGUAACGACGUCAAUCAAUAUGGUGAAGCUGCAAUGGAUAUAGCGCUCAGAAGGCAGAGAAUGCCUCAGCUCGCAGAAAUAAUGAAGCAUAUCGUUUUGGAAAAUGUUAAAGGCAAAUCCAUACCUGUCAAUAUACGGAAUAAGAUCGAAAACGAUAUGUAUCUAAAGGAGUUAGAUACGAAACUGCGAGCUGAGUUGAGACGGUUAUCUAUGAAGAAGGAUGAGCUGAGUUAUUUUGAUAUUCUAUGUGCCGAUAAUCGACUGUUGAAGCAAUUGACAUUGGAAGAGAAGGCUAUUCAUUAUGUAAUGAAGCUCAGCCUAGAGACUUUCCGAUAUUAUGGCAUAGAUGUAAAACUGAAAUUUGGAUUAGCUCUGCAAAGGAAACAGGCAGUGGACGCUGCUACCAAUUUGAUAAUGGAGAAUUUUGGAGAGAGAUUACCUUAUUAUAUUGCGGUUCAUAUUGCAGAAUAUUUAACGACAAAAGAAAUAAUGGAUUGGAAGCAUUGGUUCGAUGGCAACAUCAUUGAAUUCAUUUGA